AUGUGGGCGCCCGCUAGGUUUCUUGGGUCAAAAUUCACAAAGGAUUUGGAGUCAGUGGUCCUUGCUGUGGUGACAUUCUUAUCUGGAGGAGUCGUUUUGUUCAUAGGAUGCUUUAUCGUAACUAAAUGUUUCCAAAUCUAUAAAGAAAGUGUUAGAAGGAAGCGACGACGAGCGAUGGGCGUUGACGAUGACGAACUCAACGAUGCCGUGUUGAGUGGUGCAUUCGACACCGAAGUAUGCGAAGAAGAAGAAAGUAGGCUUGUUAGCAUAUGAUA